UAAUACAAUUCCUUCUUCAGAUCUUCUUAGCUGGAGUCUCUGCUAUAAACAGUUGUACGACAGAAUAUCAUUAUUGAAAGAUGUUUUCGAUUUCCUUCCAGAUUUGAGAUUCUUUAUUUUCUGACAUAAAACAAUAAAGCGGAAAAAGAUGACAACUCUCCAAGCAGAAGUGAGUACAAGACCAAUAAUGUACUGUAUUUAGCGUAUAAGAACUACUAUAGCUAAGACAUUCAAGAAACGUUAGCACGCCGGAAAGAACUGCCUAGCGGUACUUCGUCUGCUGUUAUGUUCCGAGUUCAAAUUCCGCUGAAGUCAACUUUGCCUUUCAUCCUUUCGGAGUCGAUUAAAUAAGUACCAGUUACGCAAUGAGGUCGAUGUAAUCGACUUAAUCCCUUUGUCUGUGCUUGUUUGUCCCCCUCUAUGUUUAGCCCCGCUGUGGGCAAUAAAGAAAUAAAUAUUACCUAAUUGAACGUUUACAAUAUCUUAAAAAUCAAACGUUCGAACGAAAUUUUAAAAAAGAAACUAUUUUUCAAGGUUCUCUAUAAAUUUCUAAACCAUUUCCCAAUAACCGUGAUGCUACGAACACAAUUACCAUUAAUUAAUAAUUCACGCGCACUAUAUUAAAGGGAGAUAACUAACACAAGACACUCUCCAAUGUUGUGAGGUUCCAGAAAUCCGUGAUUGUUAGAAUGGUGCCAAAAAAUUCCGUUGCCCGUUUGUUAUUGAUCAUCACACUUCUACAACUCAUUCUUCAGACUUCUUCAAAGGAAUAUGUCUUCAAACAGUAUAAGUUCAGGAAAAAGCGAGAUGACAAACACUAUCGACAUGCUAAAAGUCAGUGUGAAACGUCAGCUCAUUGCCAGAAGCUGCUUACGCGUCCCUUGGAUCACACCCGAUGUGUACGACUGUGUAUUUCUGAGAAAUGUUACAAUGAAUUGUAUGGCCAUGAUGAAUUGGAAGAAGGUGAAAUCGAUGUUCGAUUGAAUUCCUUCAAAGGUUGUUACUUCUUAGAUUUACGAAGUAGAGAGAUGUGAACAUUCCUUUUUAAUGAUUUCUAGUUUUGUAAUAAAGCUGAAUCAAGCAUUUAAACAUU